GGCGACAGUUUGUGAACGGCAGCCGUGAAAUACGCGCCAAGUGAUCAAAAAUCAAGAAUAAAAUCGAAAAUUGAAUUUUUUUGAUAGCUAAAAAGCUUGCGAAUUCGGACUGAGCAAAAAGUUGAAAACAAAGAAUAAAUAAAAAAAAGUUUUGUUGGAUUCUUUUUUAAUUUUUGUUUGGUGACGCUCGUGAGAUCGUUUUGAUUUAUAGCUGGUUUUCAAGUGUUUGCCAUUGACUAUGAUUUGCCCGAAACGCACCUCGGAGCUGCUGGAUCUGCAUCUGGCGCCGUUCAAGGACAAGGAUCCAGCCUGGGAGGUCGGCGUAUCAAAGAUAGCCGGCCGUGGCGUUAUGGCCACGCGUCAACUGAAGCGCGGCGAGAUCAUCUUUCAGGACAGUCCACUGCUAAUUGGCCUGGCCGCCCAGGAGGAGGACACGCUGAAUGCGUGCAGCAUCUGCCUGAAAAUGCUGCCCGAUACGCGCUUCAUGUGCCGCCAGGGCUGCGGCCUGCCCAUCUGCAGUCUGUGCGCCAAAAAGAAACAGCAUAAGAGCGACUGCGAUAUGUUCAAAUCGUGGGGUCCCAACGAGCCGGAUGUGGCCAAUUCCGUGAUAAUACGUCUGCUGUGUGUGGCGCGUGCCAUCAAUUUGACCAAAGAUCAGCGCGAUUUGAUUUAUUGCCUGCAGGCGAAUUUGGAUAACAAUCAUCGAACCGAGGUGCGGAAUGCCGCUAAAUGUUUUAAGAACUUUCCCACCGACAAGAAGCUGGUGGAGAUCAUGAAUCGCACCGUUGCCGUGCUCCGGACGAAUGGCUUUGAUAAGACAACAGAUCGCACCACUGACAACCAGGAGUUCAGCUAUCGCGCACUCUAUCCCCUGUUUGCUGUCAUGAAUCACGAUUGCAUUCCCAACUCGUAUUACACCUUCGAGGAGAAGACCAACAAUAUGAUCGUGCGUGCCGCAGUCGACAUUGCCGAGGGCGAGGAGAUAACCACCACCUAUACCAAACUCUUCACGGGCAACAUAGCACGACAUCUUUAUCUCAAGAUGAAGAAGGGCUUCACUUGCAAGUGUCCGCGUUGUUCGGAUCCAACGGAGAAAGGCGCUUACAUAUCGGGCCUGUACUGUCGGGACACCAAAUGCAGCGGCCUCGUGGUGCCCGAAACAACUGGGCUGCCGCAUCCCAACUGGAACUGUCUGGUGUGCAAGCAGAAAUCGACGCAUGCCCAGAUGAUGAAGUCCCAGGACUUUGCCAGCGGAGCCAUCAAUGCCAAGGUCAAUUCGAAUUCGCUGCGCACCCUCGUGCACUAUUUGAACGAGAAGAGCGACAGCUUUAUACCCAGCAGCAAUUAUGUGGUGAUCGAUGCUAAGAUGUCGGUGCUGCAGCGGCUUGCGCACGGCCGCGAAGACUGCAACGAGGAUCUGGUGUCGAGCACACGCCUGCGCUACAGCCGGGACAUUAUGCAGAUUAUGGAUAAGCUGGGACUGGGCGAUUCGCUGUUGCGUACGCAAUUGGAGCAACAGCUGCACAAGGAGGAGGAGCGGCGCGCCAAGAAGCAGCUGGAGCUGGCCGCUAAGCAGCGCCAGCUGGCCGACCUGGAGCAGAGGGCAGCCGAGGCGGACAAGCUGAUUGCCUUGGCCCUAGCCGCCGACGAUGGGGCUGCAGCGGCUGUGCCUCCAGUGCCUGUGGCAGAGCCAGCUGCACUUGCUCCAAUUGCUGGGGAGGCCGCAGCGUUGGCAGCUCCUACAGCGGAGCAGGCCUAAGUGGCGGGUGUCCCCAUGCAAAUCCAUGUCGUGUCCAAUGACACACAACUUUCGUUCGUUUAUUGUCUAUUCUAAAUACAUAUAUCUAUAUAUAUA